AUGAGCUCCCUAAACAAACUUCCUUCAUCAGAAAUCGAUAAAACGGCGGAGAAAAUUGGGAUGAAACCAGCCCAAAGAACAGUCGAAUCACCGGUCAAACAACCAGGCAAACAAUCAGCUGAAGAAUACUGUCCUUUAGUUCGACCUCAAAAAAGAAGUCUGGUUCUCGUGAGACGCGGCUGUUUCGGUCGACUAGGCUCAGGACUCAUUUCUCUGUCCGACGAACUUUCAAGAGCAGGAGCCGAUCUCAAGGAAUUAGACAAGUUAAAUUUUCGUCAGAAAAUAGAAUGGCUGAGAAGAAGAAGGCAAAGGCCAGCCGCAUACGGAGCUUGGGGACCUGCUAAACCGCCCAGCUUGAUGGCUAGAGUCCUUGGUUUCAUACGCACAAAGACGCGCCGAGCGGCCGAAGUGGUUAUGCGUGGGACAAGACACGCUAUCAGUAGAACAAGCAGCGCGGUCGGACGAGCAGUUUCGAUACCGAUCUUUCUAGUUUUCAAAGCUGCAUCAGAAACGAUUCGAUCCGUGGGUAGAUUGGCCCUUCAUGUUUGGAAGCAUCUCGGCAAAGGGCUGGCGGCAACAGGAAGAGGACUUCAAAAGGCUGGUGACCUUAUUCAGUCACCGGGCGCACCGAGCGGCCAUGACGGUUCUGCGUGGGACACGUCAUGCGGUGAGGGUAAACUAACAGGCAGUGCUGUCGGCCGAGGAGCUCUACUUUCAGGUUAUCUAGCUUAUAAAGCUGGAUCAGAAACCCUCAAAGCCGUCGGUCGAGUGGCCCUUUACGCGUGGAAGUAUCUGGGCAAAGGAUUGGCGGCCACCGGAAGAGGGCUCAACAAGGCCGGUGAUGGCAUUCAGGCUCAUACAGCAGCUCGGCUUGCCAAGAAAAUACCAGCUACACCUUCGGAAACGUCCCGUGGACUACACACCGGAAUCGAGUGAAAAUGGCCACCAAGGCGAGCAUUCGAUGUGAGAUUUCUUUGAAUUACUCGGAGUCGAAACCAUUGCCACUUGAAUUAGGAUCAAAAUCCUCAAAAGCAAAGCAAGACGAACACAGUACAUUCACCCUCGAAGUAAAACUUUUGG